GAUUAUUAAAAAUUAAAAAUUGCACAAAAUUAAAAUGGUUUCAAAAUUUCGACGAGAAAAAAAAAAUGGUAGGAAAAAGGUGUCGUUGUCUCAGCCACGUACUCGCUCUCUGUUUCUGUCAAACACAUCACAUGAUGACUUCAUCUCUCACUCCACUGUCUUCUUUACUCUUUACUCCGCACUCACCAACCUCUCUUUCUUCCCGACCCGAUAGCUCAUUGUAGGAUCCGACCCGGGUUUUUUAACCGUCUUCUCCGUCCCAAUCUAUGAUGAAGCGGGGCAAGAAGAACCCGGAUGCGGGUGACCCGUUAUCCAACUCGGAUACUCGAGCCGGGUCUAGCGAACUGAAUGGGAUGAAACCAAGUAUGAGCUCGAUGAAAUCGAUGGGGAUACUCCUGGCAGUUCUUAUGGUUGCUUCGGUUAUGUUCUCUCUGUCAGUGGUGCUUAGAGACCCACCUUCAGAUGCUGUUGUGGAGACUCACGCAGCUUCUAGGCUUCUUCAGAUCAGCUUGCACCCUGGCGUCGAUUCAGAUGAUGGGUUAAGCGAAAAGAAGGAACAGCUCGGCGACAUUAAUCAUGUGUCUAGUUUCGAUAAAGAAUCAUGCUUGAGCAGGUAUGAAGGGGGUUUAUAUCGAAAGGAAUCACCUUUUAAGCAAUCCUCUUACCUGGAUUAUAGAUUACAAAAAUACGAAGAUCUUCAUCGACGGUGUGGACCAUUCACUAGAUCAUAUAACUUAACAUUGGACAAACUCAAGUCGGGAGAUCGAUCUGAUGGUGGAGUCUCUGGUUGUAUAUAUGUAAUAUGGUUAAACUCUAAUGGUGAACUUGGGAAUACGAUGCUGAGUCUAGCUUCAGCUUUUCUUUAUGCUCUCUUGACAAAUCGGGUUUUACUCGUCGAACCAGGAGUUGACAUGGCUGAUCUUUUCUGCGAGCCAUUUCCAAACACUUCUUGGUUUCUUCCCCUGGAGUUUCCACUCAAGAGCUGGUUCAAUGAACAAUCACUUCUUCGUGAAACUGGCAACCCGAUGCUUGCAUAUCGCCAUGUUGUUCGUGAUUCCAGUGACCUACAAAAGCUUUUCUUUUGCGAGGAAAGUCAAGUUUUGUUGGAGGAAACCCCGUGGCUGAUCAUGAAAGCGGAUAGUUUCUUUCUCCCAUCUCUCUUCUCAAUCUCAUCAUUCAAGAAGGAACUUGAAAAGCUCUUCCCCGAAAAAGAAAGAGCAUUUUACUUCUUGGGUCAGUAUCUCUUUCACCCAACUAAUGUUGUCUGGGGUCUCAUUACACGAUACUAUCGCACAUAUCUUGCUAAAGCUGAUAAGAGAAUAUGAAUCUAUAUUGGAGUCUCUGAGUUUGGUGAUGAUCAGUUGCCGUAUUUGGUAGAUCAGAUUCUAGCUUGUGGAACUAGACAUAAGCUGCUUCCUGAAGUUGACAAACAGAUACACCUCCCUUCAAGCCAAGUUCUAAACCGAAAACCAAAGGCAGUGUUUAUCUCAUCUUCUUCUCUAGGGUAUUUUGAAAGUAUCAAGGACAUAUAUUGGGAAAAUCCAACAGUGAUGGGAGAGAUAAUCAGCGUUCACAAGCUGAGCCACAAGGAGUACCAAAAAACCCCUAAGAAUAUGGAGAGUAAGAGAGCAUGGACUGAGAUAUACCUUCUAAGUUGUACUGAUGUGCUGGUGGUCACAAGCUCAUGGUCCCCACUCAUGGACGUGGCUCAUGGCCUUGGAGGGUUGACGCCAUGGGUAUUGAACAAGGCUGAGAAUGGGACUGCCCAUGAACCAUACUGUGUGAGAGCAAGGUCAAUAGAGCCCUGUUCCCCAGCGACACUGUUCCAUAGCUGUAAUGAUUAAAAGAUGAAAUAGAGUUUCUAGGGAUAUUCUUUUGCCUUUACUAGAUGUUGUGAGGUCAAGAGUUUCAGAGUUUCACAAUAGACAUGUAAGGAAUAUUAGAAUUAACUUAAAUGUAACAUUGCAUCAUCGCAUCAUCGCAUGACUUGAUCGAGUUCUAUAUUCUUUCCAAUA